AUGUUAUUUCCAACUGAGCCUUACAUUAAGAAGAAGUUCUUUUAUAAGAAUAUGUUGGCAGACAAUUCCAAAAUAGACUUCCUUAAUUAAUAUAAGGUGUUAUAGCAGUUGAAAGAUAAUCACAAUGGUAAUAACAGAAAUCAAUUUCAUACAUAAGUUACAUAGGUAAGUCUUUAUAAACCGAUGUUCAGUAUUCAUUCUCCUCAGACAUCACAAACAAUAAAUAAAUCAUAAAGGCCAGGAUUCAGUUCAGUAAGGCGUUUCCAUACUCAUAAUUCCUAAUAAACCCUUUUGAGCAGACAUCCAAUUGACACCCCUAAAUUGGAAAGCAGGAAAGAAAGGAGGGCGCCUUUACACAAAAGGAAAUUAGUUUUGAAAUAACCAUCCUUAGAAAUUUCUGAUUACUUGGAAUAUCUUAAGAGCCAAAAAUAAUCUAAUACUUCUCUUAAAUAUUCAGAUCUCUUGAAAGAAGAAACCCCUAUUGUUACUAUGAAUUAGUAGAAAUAGCAAACUUAUAGGAAGUAAAAAGAAGAAUAAGGAAACCAUUUGCAAUUAUUAUAUUAAUGUACGAACGCGGUUUCUCGUAUCUAGGAUGAAAGUAAUUUCUAGGAUAUUAUUAAUUCGUGUACUCAUCAAUAUCCUAAUCUAAAACACACUAUUGAUUAAUUGAUGUAAGAUAUCGAAGUUGCUUCAUUGAUAUAUACAAGUCCAUCCUAAUUAGGAGCCACUCUUGGUAGAAUUAAUGGAGUUGAUUAUAAGAUAUUUUAUUUGCUUUUUAGACCUUAAAUUGAAUAUCCAGAAUCAAAUUAACUUUACUCUGUUGAUGAGGAACUCUGUAGAAAAUAUAAGUUUUUAAGACCAACCAAAUAUGAUGUUUAUUACAGAAUCUUUGGGGCAGGUGAUUUACCAUUAGAAUUUUAGGAUUAAUUAGGUUAACCUGAACCCUAAAUCAGAAAGCAUAAGAUUAGACUUUCAGAGUAUUAAUUUGCUUAAUAAAAUAAACAUAUAAUCCCUUCUAUUGAUUAUGAUUUUGUUAAGAAGAUAUCUUACUACUAAAAAAAUUUAUAAUUAUUCUUAAAGUAGAAAUCAGGAGAUAUCUUGACUAAUCUCAAAUAAUCAAUGAUGGAUGAAGAGAAAACAAACGGCAACAUGUAAAGACAUACUAUACUUUCGAAAUUAAUGGAUUCUGAAAAUUAAAUUGGCCAUUUCCCAUUAGUAACUCGAUAAAAUAGAUAUUUAUUCGAAAAGGUUGAAUACGAUCAAAGAUUACUAAAUAAAUAAAAAAACUGA